GCGGGGAUUAUGAAUGGGGGCGGGGGCUGGCGAGUUGAGGUUCCACCCGGGAUCGUCCGCACCGGCUGAUGGGCACGCAGGGCUGCGCGUAAUCCUCCAGCCGCGGUGGAAGGAGGCUGCAGAGAGCGCCGGCUGGCAGUGAGGGAGCUUCUGCAAAAGUCCCCUGCGGUCGCGCGCGUGGAGUGCCGGGGAGCUCGGCCAGAUCUAAUCAGCAGUCAGCAAAGCUGCACUGAACAGCAGAAGUCCCCAGAGGAGCCGUUUCCCACAGCUAUGAUGAAGAAGAGCAGGAGUGUGAUGGCAGUAACUGCAGAUGAUAAUGUUAAGGACUAUUUUGAAUGUAGCUUGAGUAAAUCCUACAGUUCUUCCAGUUACACCCUUGGAAUUGACCUCUGGAGAGGCAGGAGGUGCUGUUCAGGAAACUUGCAGCUGCCGCCAUUGUCCCAGAGGCAGAGCGAAAGGGCAAGGACCCCUGAGGGAGAUGGCAUUUCCAGGCCAACCACUCUGCCUUUGACAACACUUCCCAGCAUUGCUAUAACCACUGUGAGCCAGGAGUGCUUUGAUGUGGAAAAUGGCCCUUCCCCAGGUCGGAGCCCACUGGACCCUCAGGCCAGUUCUUCCUCUGGGCUGGUGCUUCACGCCACAUUUCCUGGGCACAGCCAACGCAGAGAGUCCUUCCUCUACAGAUCCGACAGUGACUAUGACUUGUCACCAAAAGCGAUGUCAAGGAACUCAUCACUUCCAAGCGAGCAGCACGGCGAUGACCUGAUUGUCACUCCAUUUGCCCAGGUUCUCGCCAGCUUGCGAAGUGUAAGAAACAACUUCACUCUGCUCACAAACCUCCAUGGAGCUCCCAACAAGAGGUCGCCAGCGGCUAGUCAGGCUCCAGUCUCCAGAGUCAGCCUGCAAGACCCUGCAUUAUUCUGCAGCAGACCCUGUAUUAGAACGGAAGACGCAGCGAAGGACCAGGUACAGCUGAUGGCUACAAACUCCGAGAAUAAACCGGGAAAAAUCAGAACUAAAACUCCUCGGAGGGAGAAAGGCCAGGAAAACCACUGCUGAAAUAUAAAAUUUUGUUUUUCUAAAGUCUGGAGCUGUGUUCAGUGAAGUGACGUCGUUUACAGACCCGGGGAACUCGGGGUAGCAACGGAAGCGCUACUAAAUAAGGAGAAGGUGGCCUAAGGAGAGGCGCUAGCUGUGACAGACUCAGCGCUGGCCUCCGCCAACUCUCAAACUAUUCUUGUUUGCAAUUGUGUCAACUUGGGUUGCCAUGAAACCUGGGCCCGAAUUUCACAUCUCCUUGCAAGUUCUGGAUCUGUCACAAAGCAACUGUUUGUCUCCUCACGAAGGCUGCAAAAGGCAGGCUGUUAACCUUUCUCAACCCACACUCCACGGAUCUCCCCCCUCUGCUUGGCUUGUCCUGUCUAUAUUCACGUCCAGGAGUCCUCCAUGCUCAUCUAGAACCCCCUAAACUCUUUGAGAGUUCAAAUUUCCUGCUGGGUGUUCCUUCUUCACAUCUACCACCUCUGAGCCCCACCUCCACCCCCCACAUAGACACAAACCUCGAGAGGCUUAGAUGCUGGCUAAGAAACUCUUCAAGGGGACCGACUGUUUAUCUCUAAAAUCUAUGAUUACCUCUGCCUAAUGGAAACAUCAUACACCCUGUGCUGGGAAUGAUGAUGGGAUAUGAGAGCAGGGAUCUAGUGGAGAUGAAUGGCCAGCUCUUCCUGAAACUACUUGAGACCAACAAUGGAGUUUGGGGUUGAUUAGUUGGCUUGAUUUAUUUGAGGCAGUCUUUCUAUGUAUUGUUGGCUGGCCUGGAACUCACUGUGUAGAUCAGACUGGAGCCAACUCAAAGGGAUCCACCUGCCUCUGCUGGGACUAAAGGCAUGCACCACCAUGCCUGGCUUCUUUUCUGUUGUUAAAAAAUUAAAAUUAAGUUUCAUUAGCUCCUCAAAGAGAAUGAGGGAAUGGAACUUCUCGGAAAAUGGUGUCUGAAAAGGUCAGGUCAAAUGGGAUGCUUAGCACCAAAUCUGGGUUCGAGUAAGACUCUUAGAGUAAUUUUGAAAAAGGAAAAUUCCCAGAAACCAGUCUGAGAGAAGAGGCACUCACUGGAAUUUAGCUUCAGAAUGGCCCCAAAGGCGAGUUCGCAUGUAAUUCAUAAACUGAUACAGUGUUAGGCAUCAGCUUUGAAUUCAGAGCGGAUUAGAGACUGGGUUCCAGCCAAUACUUACUGGACAAACUGUGUAGCCUUUCUGAGCUUCAGUUUGUUUGUUAAGCAGGGAGGUGGAUCAUAACUAUUUACUGGGGUUGUUGCAGAUAUUAGAAGAGUUGAUAUACACAAUUUCUCAAGUCUUGCUUGACUUACAGUAGGAAAAACAAUGUCUGCUUGGGACUUGCUCAGCACAGAGCCAUGAGAGCCUCUGUGAUCACUCUGGGGCAAACUCAGUAAGCUGAAAGUUCAGUUCUACUCUGUCUGGGACCUUGAGAAAGUUACUGAAUUUUCCUGUUUCUUGUCUAUAAAAUAAAAUUAUCUAUUACAUAUAUGUAUAUGUAUAUAUAUAUAUAUAUAUGUGCAUAUAUAUAUAUAUAUAUAUAUAUAUAUAUAUGAUAAUAUCCAGCUCAUCAAUUUAGGAUACAGAUUACAUUGGCUAAUGGAUGUAAGGUGCUUAGAAACAGUGACUGACUGGGUUAGCUCCAGUCUUUACCAUCAUUAGCACUACUUUGAAAGCAUUGACAGCAGGAUGAACACAUAGGCUUUGGAGUCUUCUGGUUCUAGUUACUGCCUUAUACUCUGGAACAAUAUGGCCCAAUAGAAAUAUAGUGAAAGCCCCAUAGGUAAUUUAAAAAAUUCUAACAAACACAUGGAAAGAAGUCAGUACAUUUUUUUACAAUUUAUUUUUACUUUAUAUGUAUGAGUGUUUGCCUGCAUGUGUGUUUAUAUAUCACGCGCAUCCUCGGUACCCUCAGAAGCCAAAAGAGGGUAUUAGACCCAGUGGAGCUGGAGUUACAGACUGUGAGCCACCAUGUGGUUGCUGGCAACUGAACCCAGGUAUUCUGCAAGAAAGUCAAAUACUCUUAACUAAUGAGCAGUCUCUAAGAUCCCAAGUACAAUAAAUUUUAAUAAAUUACUUGGCUUAAGUUAUAUCUAAAAUACUGUUGUUCCAACCUGUUAUGAAAUAUAACCAUGUAUUGAGCUAUUGUCUUUAAUUUUUUUCAUAAUAAGCAAAAUGUUACAUCUGCAGCACAUCUUAUAUCAGACUAGCCACAUUCCCAGUAGAUACCCCUGGGAGCUACCUCUCAUACUGGAUGGAACAGGACUCCCAGAUUCUAAAGCAGUGUGAGUGGGUCUCUGUUCUUCAUGGCACAUGGAAUGCCAAAUGCAAAGCCACUCUCAGGUGACCUGCCUAAAGUCCUAUGUGACCUGAGUCACCAAGAUAGCUCUGUGUAGACUUUUCCCUAGAGCCAGAUGAAAGAGAUUUUAGCUAAUAAUGUUUUGUGAGAUCAGAAAGCUACUGGUCUCUUCUCCACUAACCAUAAUGAACUCAACAGGAGACACAAUACUUCUGCUACCUACUGCCUUUUGAUUUUUCUUUUAUUCUAAAAAUAAAGACUGAGUCCAGGAGAGAUGGCUCAGGGGUUAUGAACAAUGUACUGCUCUUGAGAGGGACAGGAGUUCAGUUCCCAGCACCCAUAAUGGGAGACUCACAAACACUGGUAACUCUGGCUCCAUGGUAUCAGAUGCCUUCUUCUAGACUCUACUGGUACCUACACUCAUACAUGUGCACACCAGUGUGUACAUACACAUGUGUGUGCAUGUGUGUACACAUACAGAUACGUAAUUAAAAGUAAAAUAAAUCUUUUUAAAAACAAAAAUAAAGCUAAAAUUAAGAUGAUGAUCCCUUCAAUUACCUAUGAAACUCACCUUAAUUUGAGACCACAUUAUUUCUUAAGCACCUCUCUUUUGCUUCAAAUAGCAAUCUCUGACAACAAUUUACUUCAUGCAUGUCCUUCACCAUGCUGCCUAAUAUUACAACUUGCUACAAUCAAGGCAACAAUUUCUCUUCUUAAAAGUUCAUUACAUAUAGGGAAAAAAAAAUGAGAACUUGGAGCCAGAAGGACUAGAAUCAAGUCUCUGGGUCCUAUGUUCACUAGUUAAGAGAUUUUGGGUAAACACUGAAACCCUCCAAGCUUCAGUCUCUUUCCUUAUGAUCUAGGGACAACCAGAGUGCUCCCCUAAGGUACGAUGAGGAUUAAAAAGGAUGGCACAUAGACGGUAAUCCCUAACUGCAAAGCACUAGACAGCUAUAAAGUGGAUUAAGAGAUUUAUAAAGCACUUUGCACAUACCAUUCUUUUGAUGCACAGUUUUCAAUGGCCCCAUGUUACCUGCCAGAUAAAGCCAGAUUCCUUGGUUUAGCACAAAACAUUCUCCUGGACAAGCUCUGCUUGUGACUAUUACCCCUGCAGUUUUAUCUAACUCUACCCGAAGCCAAAUGUGCUAGUGAAAGAACACUGGCGUAUCUGCUGCCCCAAGUGGGACUGGAUGGUGUGGCUGGCUUCCACCCUUUCAUCAUGUGCUCCCCUGCUUGCUUCAUUGUUCCUGCUCUCAAAACCCCACUCAUUCUUCCCCAUCUUCAAGUCUCCCCCACCUCCUGUCCUGAUGUCCUUAAGCUCUAGCUACGCUGUCUCUGAAUUUUGCUCAUAUAUAUCUUUUACAAUUAAUAUAUACAUAUAUAUAAUUUUACAAUUAAAAGCAUUACUUAGCAUUCUAGUAACAUUUGGUACAUAAAAAUUUACAAAUAAUUUGUUGAACCUAGGUGUUUGAGGGAGUUAAAAUUUCCAAAUGCUUUUUGUAGAAGUUCUGUCAAUAGACAGAAUGUCCCCACAUUUUUAAACUAGCCACUCUAAAAACCUAGGCAAGAAUGCAAAAGAAACCCAGAGAUCAUUACUUUUUGUAACAUUGAAUAAAUCACCAAGAAAGAACAUGGCAUAUUUGGAGACUAGUAAAAAAGGACAAGGAACAAGAAUUAUUGGUGCCUUCUCUUUGGUACUAUUAUCAGCAAAGGUCCCUCGCCCUUCAAUAAUGGAUAUCCCAAUAUUCUGAUAUUUGGGGCAAGUCAACAGGUCCACCAAUAUCUUCUGCUUUUAAGGUUAGCAUCUAGUGGGGUGAUAAAAGCAGAAACAGUUGGGUAAAAUAUGGCCAGUUGAGAGCAGUGGUCAGCAUGGGUUGUGAGCGCUCAGAGAAAGGAAUUUAAUUCAACCUAAAAUGCUUAGGAAAUGGGAAAGAGAUGGCUUCGAGCCAAAUCUUCGAAGAUAAAUAUGCACUCGCCAGGUGCAGGCAGACGCAAAGGCUGGAGCCAAGACAACUCCAACAUCUCUCAGCAGUGAAGCUGAGAAGAAAGGAAAUGUUCAAAGCACUUGGCUACCUGCUCUCCCGGUUUUAUGCUUACCUAGUAUAUGGUAUAUGGGUAUAAUUUGGUGGUAAGAGGACCAGAAGGUACUAAAAGCCUUUCAUAAAACUAUUUUUCUAUAUCUAUUAAUGCAUUAACUUCUGACUUGUCAUUAGAUUCUUGUGUCUAGGACUAGUUUGAAUGAACUCAGAACAUUCUGAUAAAAGUCAUGUUUCUGGCCCUGAAAAUCUGAAGGGAUGGUGAGUUUUGAACUUCAACCGUAUACCACCUCUCUGGAGGUCAAGAGGUUUUUCCCUCUUAGAUGUCUAAAAUCCACGUCUCCCUCGCCAUCUCCAGUAGUGCUGUACAGUCCUAGCCACCAUCAUCCCUUGCACAAGCAGCUGCAAUUUAAAAGUGAGAAUAUUUCAGAGUGUACCAGUUGCCAGAACAAAAUAUUUGAACUGGGUAAUAGAAUUUUAUUUAUUGCAAUUUGGGAGGCUGAAGUCCAAGAUGAAAGUUCCAUCAGGUUCAUUGUCUGGGGAGAGCUGUUUGCUGCCUUAAGAUGGCAUCUUGUAGCAAGGAAGUCCUCUGCAGGUGACAAGAAUGUGUCCUCCCUUGGGAGGCAGUGACAGAAAGCCUAGGUUGCUUCAGCCCUUUAACAAGGUUGUGGAUACCAUUCAUGAGGGCUCUACACAUAUAACUUAUUUACCUCUUGAAGGACUCACCUCUUAGUUCUACUGCGCAUAGUUAAGAUUCCUUAUAUAAACAGAUACUAUUGCUCUUAUUGUGUGGGUGAGGAACUGAAAUGGGCACACAGAGCUUAAGUAAUUUCUUCAAGAUUGGUUGACAGCAAGAGAUGAGUCUAGACCAUAAGCCCCAGGGCACUGUAGCUCCAGGGACCAAGUUUUAAAUCACUACUAAUGAUUAAGUUCCUUUAACUUUGGAGGCAUACAUUUUUUGUUGUUGUUGUUGUUUUUUUUUUUUUUUUGAUUAAAUGAGCACAGAUUUUCAUUAACAAUCAAAUGCCCAAGUCAGAGUCACUCUGCAGAGCAGAUUUCUCAGUUGGGUAAUGGAUGCGGGUGGGGCAAGAACCAAGAGGAAUGGAGCUACUGACUGGCACACCAGGACCUUGCUUUUCGUUGUCUGUGUGCCUCCAAGAAAGGCUAACUUCAAUGGUGACCAUGUGUUUAUAACAUGGCCAUGGCUUAUUAAAAAACCAAAAACACAGGACGUAGAGUCAGAGAAUUUAGGUUCUCUCUAUCUCCCUCUCUCUUUUCCUCCCACCUUUUUCUCUUUCAUUUCAAGUCUUUGGGGUUAAUUGUGGGACGCGCCUAAGCCUCAGUUUUCUCUUGCACAUCAUGGAAACUACACAUCACCAUCAUUACUCUAUCCCGUGGGGUUUAUUUUUCAGGGAAAAAAUGAGACAUGCAAGUGAAAGUGCCUGGUAAACUGUCAAGUUACAUACACAAAUGUUAGUUGUGAUUGGAGAUUUGUAACUUGGAGUCUUGAGGACUUGCUAAAGACAGCAGCAUCAAAAUGACCUACUUUCUGCUGUUAUUUCCCUUGAGGGCUGUGAAACUCUCCAGUGAAUCCACCCAGAGUGAAGUCCCUGUCAUAAGCAAUUUCAAUAUCCCAUAUUUGUAAAGACACAUGAACAAAGUCCAGCCUAAAGAAAGCCCACCUAGGGCUCGUCAACUGUGUCUUUGGAAGAAUUGCAUGACAGAGCAUGUAAGUGUUCUCCAAUGGCUACACUUUGUUCUAAGAAUGUUCUACUUAAGGUUCAAAACACAUGUUUUCCUGAGAUGUUGCCUUCCAACAUGAGUGUGUUUCAUUAAGUAUUCAUAAAAAUUAAAUACACAGCUUUGAGCACCAUAGCUUGACAGGAAGAAAGAUGCUGUUAAUUACAAGGAACAAAAUCAUAAUGAAGAUCACCAAAUAAACAGGCCAAUGGCAUCAACCUGUUUAAAUAACGAGCCUUAUCUCCAUGUGGAUGAAACUAUGUAACAUAUUUAACAUAUAUUUAUUCUGAUAUGGAGAAGAACAUAAAAAUGAAAUAAGCAUGCUAACUUUAAGGUACUUAGCACCUUUCAAGACACCCAAACUAAAGACAUCUACAGAGCUAGAAGCUUGGGCAUAAAGUUAGCGUCCUUAGCUGAGUGUAAAGAAUCUAACAAAUAUACACAUCUCACUUCCUUGGAAAAACAGAAAGGAGACUGGUACGGCCUCUAAGUCCAUAAACUUACCAUUUAAAGAACGGCAAAUGGGUUUCUGAUUAUUCAACACCAUGGACAGUUUGGUUCCUAAGGCAACUUACUCAGUGCUAAAAUCAGUAUGGUUCCUGGCAGCAGGCCUGGCACAUAGUAGGUGUUCAGUGUAUUUCUGAUGAAUGGAUAAAUUAAUGAGCAGGUUCAUGUACAAUUGUUGGUAUCUGAUAGGCCACUGCUCUGGUGUAUCAGUAGGAUUUGGUGAAAACCAACAGCUUAAUCUAGACAAGCACCAAGGGGGCAUUUCCUGAAGUAAUGGAGGAGAAGGAGCAUUUGUGGCCACUCUUACCUGUGUUCCUUUCCCCGGAGCCAAGCCAUAGCUCUAUAUGAUUUAGCUACAAAACAUGUCAGUCUACCCUCAGGAAAGCGAAGACCAAAGAGAAAGAGGUAAGAAAACAGAAAAAAAGCUCUCAAGAUGUUUUUGGCAUGUGUUGUUUGCUUAAUCCUCACAGCUAUGGAAGCCCCCAAGCCCUCAAAUAAGGUGAAGAGAUGAAGACAUGUGAAUGGGGGGGAGGGGGGCUGGCCUUUUGUUUCAGAGCACACAUGGCCUGCAAGUGGCUCAGGCAGGAUUCAUAUACAUGGCUCAGUCUGAUUCCAAUGCACACUGCUGAUGUUUGAGUUAAUAGGAGCAUCCCAGUUGAUUCUACAUCAAAACCUCCUGCUUGCCUGGCAUCACUCGGCUGUGUGAGACCUACUGAAGCCCCAGUUCAGAUGCUUAUUGCCAUAGCUUCAUAGAAGGGAAGCAAAGACAUUUUAAGAAGUCCCACUCUUAAGCUGGACAGUGGCGCACAUCUUUAAUUCCAGCACUAGGGAGGCAGAGGCAUGUGUAUCUCUGAGUUUGAGGACAGCCUGGUCUAUAGAGUGAGUUCCGGGACAGCCAGGCUACACAGAGAAACCCUGUCUCAAAAAAUAAAAAGGAAGAAAAGAAAUCCUGCUCAUUCUUGUUUUUUUAUUUGAGGGGGGAUAUGUUUGUUUUAGGCUAGACUUUCCCUAAAUGGGACUUUGUUGAAAGAAAAACUUAACACAGAAUGUCAAAAAGAAACAAAUCAUGAAAGAAUACAUAAGCUUUCAUAAAAUGAUCAUAUUCAUCUAACCAGCACCCAGACAUGCUUGACUCCAUCAUGGCCAGCCCCAUGGAAGUCCUCUCUGGUCAUCAACGUGCCCACCCCACAAGAUGAUCAUUAUUUGCCUCUUGCAUCAUGGAUUCAUUUUUGCCUCUUUAGCACAUUAUAGAAAUUGGAUUAUACUUUAUUCCAAGUCUUUUGUGUAACUGUGUUUAUUUGUUUGUUUUCUACCAUAUAUAUGCUUAGGAAAUUUA